CAGGCUGCCCCUCUUCGACAACCCACCUAGCUUUUGCAAGCACACAACACAAAACACAAAGAAGCAAUAUGCGUUCAGCUCGCCACCUCCACGACGCGGUCUCGGCCCUCCUCCUCUUCCUGCUGCUCUCAGCCGUUGUACCGGCGGCCAGAGCCCAGGAAGAAACUGACGAUCAGUCCGAGUUCAGCUAUGUAUGCGGGGCAGAGAACGGGCCGGGGAACUGGGGAAAUAUAAAGGAAGAGUGGGCGACGUGCGGCACUGGGGUGAUGCAGUCGCCCAUCGACCUCUCCGACCACCUUGUCUCGCCGGCGCCCCACAUUGGCUACCUCAACCACUCCUACCUUCCCGCCCAGGCCUCCAUCGUCAACCGCGGCCAUGAUAUCACGGUGAUGUUCCACGGCAACGCUGGGAGUAUGUGGAUCAACGGCACCGCGUACCACCUCAGGCAGCUGCACUGGCACACCCCUAGCGAGCACGGGGUAAACGGCCACCGGUACAACAUGGAGCUCCACAUGGUUCACCUUAGCGCCGAGAACAAGGCUGCCGUGAUCGGCCGCUUCUACAAGAUUGGCCGGCGCGACCAUUUCCUGCACCAGCUGGAGCCUUACUUGCGCAGGAUGGCGAGCACAAAUGACAAGGAGGAUAAGGUCGGUGUGGUGGAUCCUUGGGUCGCGAGAGGAGAUGGCGAAGCCUAUUACCGAUACAUGGGCUCCCUCACCACCCCGAAGUGCGACGAGGGUGUCAUUUGGACCGUGGUCAAGAGGGUUGCCACGGUGUCGAGUGACCAGGUGAAGCUUCUCAAGGACGCAGUCCAUGAUGGCUUUGAUAUGAAUGCGAGACCCCUCCAGAAGGUGAACGACAGAGAUAUCAGUUUUUUCUCCCCUGAUUAUAAUCACGAACGCUAUUACGCAGCCGCUGAUCAUUAAUUAGCUUAAGACUUCAUCUAGCCACAAGGAUGGAGAGCAUGCGUGUCAAUGCCCUCAGUUGUUGGUAACGAUGAAGAAAAGCUAUGCCAGGGAAAAAUUUGCAACCGCGACGAGUCAGCGCCAAGCGUGGAUGUUUGUUAAUUACAUAAUAAAUUUCAAGUCACGUACGUGAUCUUGGAGUUGUCUUCAAUACCUGGAUAACUUGUGUCCAAUCUUUAUAGACAAUCCUAUUUGUGUUUUGUUUCCUUAUGUUUUAAUAAAAAGCGCCACUCGUCUACUA